ACCCGGAAGGAUUGCCCUCUUCUGUUAACGUUUGAAUAAACAAGAAUGACCCAUUUGUUUUAGGAAAAGAUUGCAAGCGACGUGUCAAACAUAUAUAGUAUAUUUCAACUAAGUAAUAUCGAUGUCUUUGUUUAGAGUAUUUAUGUGUGGAAAUUAUCGAAUGUGUGUAGCAACGCCCUAAUGCCAGCCACCUUGUUGGGGAAAAAGAGCCCCGUUGUGUUUACAAAUCGAUAAGCAUUAUUGUUACCCUGAAGUGUAAUAAUAGUGGUGUUUUUUGACGAAGAAAAUAUGGCCGAAUUGCAUGUUGUGGAGCAGAGUGUUACUGCCACAAUAGAACAAACCGAGCACCGAGAUGUCAGAGGCUCUGUUCGGCUGGCUGCUUCGCCCACUCUCAAGGUUUCACCGCGGAGUAGCUUGCCCACCAGUCCUGGGGUGUCGAGUACUAGUAGAGCGGUGUUUGGGUUCCCAAUGAAGAGCAACCUCAGUUCCCCAUCGGAGCAAGCCGAGAAGCCAGAAUCCCGCUGGGUUUGCCUAAAUGUCGGUGGAACCUAUUUUGUCACAACCAAACAGACAUUGUGCAGGGACCCCAAAUCGUUCCUGUCCCGAUUGUGUCAAGAAGAUCCGGAUUUGGACUCUGACAAGGAUGAGACGGAUGCUUACCUAAUCGACAGGGACCCCACAUACUUUGGCCCCAUUCUGAAUUACCUGCGGCAUGGGAAACUGAUCAUGGACAAGAACCUGGCAGAGGAAGGUGUCCUUGAGGAGGCGGAGUUCUACAAUAUUGCAUCACUAGUAAGGCUGGUCAAGGAGAGGAUACGGGACAACGAGAACAGGACAUCUCAGGGCCCAGUGAAGCAUGUGUACCGGGUGCUGCAGUGCCAAGAGGAGGAACUCACCCAGAUGGUGUCCACAAUGUCAGAUGGCUGGAAGUUUGAGCAGCUCAUAAGCAUCGGCUCGUCCUAUAACUAUGGCAACGAGGACCAGGCUGAAUUCCUGUGUGUGGUUUCCCGGGAGCUCAACAACUCCACUAACGGCAUUGUUAUCGAGCCCACUGAGAAGGCCAAGAUCCUCCAGGAGCGAGGUUCACGGAUGUAAAGGGACUCCCAGGCCUGAGCUCACCCUUCUCAGCUCAUGUGACAUUUCCUGACGUCUCCUGCACCACCUCAGCCAUGGUUCAUAUCUUUACCCCUUCCACCACCAGCCCCACUCCCCCUUUCACCUCCCCCUCCUCUGGGUGUGCCUUUCCGCAGUGGGGGGGGGGGGGGGGGGGGGUUCCCAUCCUCCUCGCCUACAGUGCUACAACAUAACCCCAUUGCCAUUUCUUAUUCUCAGUUAUAUUCGUGUGAACAUUUUGAGGAAUUCUGAAGAGAUGACAAUAGAGUAUUUAUUAUUAAAUGUAAUACCUUUUGUCAUAAGUUUGAUUUUGAAGAUUACGGUUUUGCCCCGAUCAUAGCCCCCCCAUCUUGUCCAUAGUACAUCCACACAGAGCUAAAUCAUUGUCACUGUCCUCAUUCAGGUGAUCACACAGCUAAUGGGGAGCCGUUUCCUUUUCUGUCUGGCUUUGUUGACUCUGUGGAAAUCUCCUCAGGACUUUCAAAGGACAAAAAAAGAAAGCCGAAAAAUCUACUGACUGUGACCUGCCCCCUUCUACAACCCUGAAGAUUCACCUAUGGGGUGAGAGGAUGCUGAAAGCAACAUAGCUCACCCUCUGACCUCCACUCCUAAUCCUUACAUCUCCACAGCUGGAGAGCUAAGGCAGUUCAUAGUUGCUUGGGAGGCUGAAAGCCGAGAGGUGGGGCUAAGGACAGAGAAGUAAGUCACAGGAAUAUUCUACAGCCCUCAAAUUCAAAUCUGGACCUCAAAGCCAGUUCUACUGCUUUUUUUUUUUUCCUCUAAUCGUGGACUGAAUUUUAACCUGGGACACCAGGUGGGUGCAAUUAAUAAUCAGGUAGAACAGAAAGCCAGCAUCUCUAUUUUGGUCUUCUUGUGCAGUCAGUCCUGCUCUCAUAGCAACUCUUGCCCAAUACGACCAGACGAUAGUGGGGAGAUACAGACCCUUGUCUAACAGAGGCUCCACCCCACCAUAGUUCGUCAGUGACUUCCACUGCUGAGCAUCCAUCACACACAUUUUCUUUUUGGCUCGGGUCAAAGUCCUUUCUCACCAGGAGGGCACAUAUUUUCUUACAGCCAUAUUAAGGAUGUUUCAUUGCAAAAGAAAACACACAACUUAAAAGACUAAACCACACACACAUGUACACAAUUGUCAGGCAUGUGAGGAAUAUAAAUCUAUAUAUAAUGAAAUUAUAUGGAGAAAAAAAAUGAAUGCAAAUGAUGUAGUUAUUCAUUUCUGUUUCAUAGUUGUUAUAUUUGUGUAGUAUGGUGAGUUCUAUUCUGUUGAGUGAGGAAAUAUCACUCCUAAACCAAUUUUCCUGAGGUGUUUCCCCCAAUGACAAAGGUGUACGUUUGUGUAUGUAGUGCCUCUGCUAUUCAUCAAUGAUUGAAAUUAUGAUCAGCGACCCAGUUUUUCAGCGACACAACUUCUAAGUAGAUUUUUUUUUGUUACUUAUAACCCUUUCAAAUGAUCCUUCUCGCAGAUAUACUAUUAUGUUCUCUUGCAUAUCUUAGAAUUGUAAUCGGAGAUUAAAGAGACGGGUUAUUGAAUGAGCAUUUAUUUGGCAUCGAAAGAUGGUAUGUGUCCUAUACAGUGGUCUUGUGACCCUGUUGGACUUGUAUCCAUCUGUAUGAUGCCUCAAAGCCUAGGGCCCCUUUUCCCUCUGGCGUUGUUUCAUUUUCAUGCCAAAUGUCACUCACUCUGCAUUUGCCUGUUGCAUACCUUGGUGUACAUUCAGUUAACAGCUUUGCUUAACAUUUUGCAGUAUUUACUGUGUUAAUUCUAGAGUAUGCUGAAAGGAAUGUUUUAAAUGCAUACGUUUGGAUCUUUUUACAGAGUAGACGUAACCACAGGAACAUUGGGUACUGAAAAUUCUGCAUGGAUUUGACUUCAGCUUUUUAUUUGUUACAUUGGGGGAAAAUAAGGAAAUUAUACCCUG